AUGGCUAUCCUAUUUUGCUAUGGGGAGCUAGUUGGAGGCACCUGCGUGGAAGGCGCCAGCGAAGAAGUCUUCUGGGUGGACUGCCGUUCCGCUCAGGUCUCCUGGACUGUCCCAGAGAUGGGCCAAAUCAUCGAUUUGGUGCGCCUCUCUCAGUCCUUGGAGGAAUUGGAACAGCGACACUUGGCAUUGUCGCCUAAGGCAUUUCAGGAAUCUGCCGUGGCAGCCGAAUCCUUACCCUUCGAGCUGAUGCCUGAGAACCCCGACGUGGAG